GCCUCCCGAGCGUGCUGGCGCAGCCGCAGCCGCAGCGCCACCGGGCGCGCCCGCCCGCGGAGCGCCGCGACGCCGCGCUGGCCUGCCUGCAGAGGCUGGUCGCGGCCGAGCCGCGGGAGCGCCGCCAGGAGCUGCUGCGCGGACUGCCCGCGCACGUGUCCCAUGCGCUCUUGUCUUGGAUGCAUUCGCAAAAGCCCGUCGCGUCCGCGGCGGCGGACGGCGGGGGCAGGACGGCCGCGGGCUCGCAGGAGCAGCAGCGGCAGCCGCUGGGGCCGGCGCCGAGCCCCUCGGCCUCGAGCCGGGGAGGCGGCAGCGGCUCCGACUCCGAGGCGGCCUCCGGCCCGGCGCUGGGGGCGGCCGGUGCGGGCGCGGCCGCGGCGGCGGAGGAGCCCGCCCGCAAGCGCGCCCGCGCUGACGGCGGGGGCGCGGUAGGCGUGCACAAGGUCGGGAGCAAGGCGAGCCUGUACCAGGCAUCCAUCUUCUGCCUCAACAUGUCCAUCGACUCCGCGGCCACCACCCUCGAGCAGGCCCAGGGCCGCCACCUCGCCGCGAGGGGCUCGCGCCCGGCGCAGCCCUGGGGCGCAGAUGGUGCCGGCACGCGGACCGCCGAGCAGGCGAUCUCGAACCAUUCCACGCUCGCGCUCAUCAAGGCCAAGUUUCAGGAGGUGCUCGCUGCCCGCAGAGAUGUGCCAGGCUUCCCGCCUCUUCCCGCGCCCGCCCCUUCCCACGCUCCCAACAGGGGCAGCGAGCUUGCGCCCCGUCCCGGCCUGGCGGACCUCGCGGGCCCGCCCGACCUCGACGCUGUGGCGGAGCGGAUGCUGGACGCGAUCGAGUUCUCUUGCCGCGCCACCGGCGCCUCCGAGCGCGACCUGGCGGCGGCGGCAGCCUCUUGGAUCAACGAGUCCGUCCUCGAGAGAGGGCCCGCGGGCGAGGGCGGGGUGUGCUACGAGGACGAGGCCCCGUUCUGCGUGGGGCGCUGGUACUUCUACCUGGGAAUCUUCGUCAUCGUGGCCACCUUCAUUCUCCUCGCGGCGGCAACUGCUUGCUGCUGUUGCCCAUUGGGCUUCCUAUGCGGCCACGCGUGGGCGCGCCGGCAAGCUCUGCCCGCCGCCGCCGCCACCGCCCCGGGCGAGGCCGCGUUCCCUGCGGCAGCCGCUGGCUUGGCGGCGCCAGCGGUGCCCCCGCCCACCCGGGAGCAGAACCUCGCGCAGCUCGCGGCCUUCCUCACCUCAGGAGGCCCGCAGGCGAUCGACGUGGCUGCGCGGGAUCUGGGGUACUCGCGGGGCUGGUUGGCCGCCCUUGGGGGCUGGCGCCGGGACCUCACCGAGGAGGGCAUCGAACCCCACCCGGGGCCAGGAGCGCCCCUCGAGUUCUUCGACUCGCUGCUGGCAAUGCUGGACGAGGCCGCCGCUGAAGAGCUGCCGCCUGGUGGCGAGGACGGGUGGGUGACGGAGGAACGUUUCAACGUCGCCCCCGCCACGCCGCCGUGUGGCGCGGCCGCGCUGGCGGCCGAGGUGCAGGAGCAGCCACCGUCGCAGCAUGCAGCGGCCCGCAGCGGCGAGGCAUCCCUCUGCUGCCCCGGAUGCGGCUCCCGGCUGACGAGCGCGCGCCCUGGCCGCGGAAAACAGUGCUCAAACUGCCGCGGCGGCUGGGGGCGAGGCGGUUGGGCGCUGGCGUGCGCGCCGUGCAACGCCGUCAUGUGCCGGAUUUGUGCAGUGGCCGUGCAGCUCGUGUGCUUGCGGCGCCACGGCGAUCAGAGGCGGGCCCGCAGGUACCGGCCCGUCGUCACGGCCCUGGCGGAGGUCGGCAGGCAGAUCAACGGGCAAAGAUUCCCGGACAUCCGCCGCGCGCUGGAGCAGCGCGAGAUGCUGCUCACUGCCAAGGACGGC